GAGAGGUAAGAGAGCGUUGUGGGUGAGGCGGUUGGCCUUGGCCUUUCAUAGUUUUCAUGUCCUUUGUGGGCGGCCGAAACUGAAAGCUCAAAGCCGAAACAGCCAACCUCAAACUCAAACUCAGAUAGAACUGAUGGCUUCUCAUAGUCUCUCAACGCUGAGCGUAUCUCCCACUUGGAGUUGGAGAAGACAACCUCCUUCAGCUUCACCUAGUACUACUACUGUUUCAGUAUCUUCAUCCGCAUCUUUCGCUUCUCGCCGGCGCCGCAGCCACGUGGUCCGUAUGGCCCCGGAGGAGGAGAAGCUCACUCGCCGCAACCCUCUCGAUUUCCCAAUUGAGUGGGAGAGGCCUAAACCAGGGCGGAGACCGGAUAUUUUCCCACAGUUUAGUCCUAUGAAGACACCAUUACCGCCGCCGAUGCCGUAUGACCCGCCGGAGGAAGAUGAGGAGGAGGAGGAGAAGAAAGAGGAGGAAGAGGAGCAAGAGCAAGAAGAGGAGGAUCCGGAAAAGAUUGACCCAGAUAAGAAUACUUCUUCUGUCUUUGGGUUCUGGUAGUAUCUGGAUUUUGGUCCCCUUUUUGUUUUUGCUGAGUUGAGGUUGUUAGUUACUUGUAGUGUUUGCUGUAGUUAAUAAGGAGUCUGCUUCUGUAUGAGUUUGGAUGACUGUUAAUGAUAUGUUAUGAUAAUGUCGCUUGCUUUUGGAUGAAAUGUCUAACUUUACUUCCGAUUCAUUUACAUUCAUCAAUUUACAUUCAUUUAUCAGAA